AUGGCUCACAGCACGACGACAAGUACCCUGCCUAACAGCAGCGCCAGCAUCACCGCGGCCGACGGAGCGACGUCUGAGUCUCUCGCCGCUGCUCUCUUUGCAUUGGACGACCUCCCUUCGCCGCUCGCUUCGCUCCACACCACGCUCCCGCCGCCGCCGGCUGCGCCGGGUUCUCAGCGUUCUCUCCCCGAGGAGCACAGAGGCCGCUUCGGCUGGUCCCCAGUCGGCCCUCGCGGGUUUCCCGAGGAGGGGUUCGUCCUGCACGCCGAACCUCGCGCCGAGCCGUUGAACGAGCCUCUUGCCGAGCCUCAGAUGACCGUUGUGGGCGGAACGGAGCCGGCUGGUGAAGCGGCCGCGCCUGCGGGGCUGGGAUUGCUGACAGGGCUGACAGGGCCUGCUGAAGCUGCCGCAGCUGUGAUGCAAGGAGCGGGCGGUGAGAUGGGAGCAGGCAGCGAGGACGAGAGGCGGCAGCUGUUGGCCUUACUGCUAGCGCUGAAGCAAGUGGAGGAGCAGCAGGAGCAGCAGGCGCAGCAGCAGACGCAGCAGAAGGCGAGGCAGAACGCACGGAAGCGACAGAGGCGGCAGAGGGUGAUGGGAGGUCAAGGGGUGUCGGGAAACCCUCAGUCGCCGCAAGUGCAGCAGCAGGAGCAGCAGCAGCCUGAGCAGCCGGAGCAGGAAGGAAGGAAUGAGGAGCACCGGUUCUCGGCUGGCUCGCCUUUUCUCGCGGGAGCAAGUCCUGAGCUCCACGGUAUAGGUGUAAUGGGACGCAUGGACGGGCGGGGAGGGGAGAGGAGCGGCAGUGGUGGCAGCAGUGGUGGUGGCAGCGGUAUCGCCAGUGGUAUUGGCAACGGUGUUCGGAACGACCCAGAUUUUUCACUGCGUGGUGUUGGGAACGACGUCGAUUUUUCACUGCGUGGUGUUGACAAGAACCUCACCAGUGCUCUGAGUAAUGAGAUUCGUUUUAACGCAAUGCGUGCGCAUGGCAUCAACAGUGGCGUUUUCAGCGGCGCUGCUGCGAACGUUGCGGGAGCGAACGUUGGCGACGGUGGGAGGAAGAGGAGAAGCCCCGAGGCCCUGGAUGACGGCGCUACAGCUGCUCUCCAGUGGCAGCAUGGCAUGCAGACCCCCGCCGCCUGCUACAGCCGCAGUGUGCUCGGGCAUAUGAACCAGAGCGGUGUGCUGGAUGGCAUGCUCUUAAAGGAUGCAGACGCAGCGGCAGUGGGGGCAGCGGCAGUGGGGGCAGCACCGGCACACCCCACUUUGUCUCCUCUUCACAGCAGCAUGGCGGAGGCAGCAGGGCAGCACAUGCACCUCCUGUUCCAGCAGCAGCGUCUGCAGCAGCAACAGCAGCAGCAGCAGCAGCAGAGGUGUGAGCAAGCGUCACAGCCCCUGUCACCGGAGGCCAGAAAUCAGCGCUCUCGAGGAAGCACAGGCUCGGUGGGCACAGGUACGGGCGGUGAAGGCUCGGCGCGCUCAGGCUCGGCAGGCACAGGCAUGGGUGGUGCAGGCUCGGCAGGCGGUCCAGCAACUAGCAGCAGUGGGCAAGUGGGUGGGGAAGAUGGCACCGAAGGCAUGCGAGGCAUGCAAGGCAUGGAAGAAAUGGAGGGCACGGGUCAGUGGCAGUCUGAUGAAGACCUUGGGGAAGCGGCGCCUGCACAACAGCCAGAGUGGGGUUCAGAUGCCCUGGAUAAUCCCAAGGGUCGAGAGCGCGGUACUAUGCAAGACGAAUGUGGCACGGACGACGAGUGGUUGCCUCGGUGCCAAGGCGUGAGGACAGGUUCGGUGCCGAACAAGAGGAUCAAGAGCCGGAGCAUGGCGGAGCGGCGCAGGAGGGAGAGGAUCAGUGAGGGGCUGCAGAGGCUGAGGGCGAAGGUGAGGGGGCGAGGCGACACGUGUGCGAUGCUGGAUAGAGCAGUGGGGUAUGUAGAUGCAUUGGAGCGACGGGUGGUGGAGUUAGAGAGGGUUGUUAUGGCAGCUGCUGGGUCUGGGAGAAACGUUUUCCCCGGUAAUGCAUUUGCCGGUGGUUUUGCUGGUCGUGGUUUUGCCGGUAACGUUUUUGCUAAUAAUGCCGCGGUGCUGACGACGAUACCGGCUGCGAUGACAUCCGUCCCGACUGGCCUUGGGGGUGACGCUGUUGCUGGCUGGCCUUGGGAGUGA